AUGUCGCCUAAAGUAGCCAUUGCUGGAGCCACUGGCAACCUUGGCCCAGUUGUACUCAGAGCCCUGCUCCGCGCCGGCUUUGAGGUCACCGUCUUGACCAGGGCUGAAAGUGACAGAAGCAACAACAACUUCGGCCCAGCCCACGUGGUACCAGUCGACUACAGCUCCUUGGACUCCUUGACAGCAGCCCUCAAAGGUUCAAAUAUAGUCGUCAACACCCUCGGAGCUAUCCCCCGGGAGAUCCAUCUCAGAUUGAUAGACGCAGCCGUCGCUGCCCAGGUCCAGCGCUUCAUCCCCUCAGAGUUCGGCUCCGACACAACCAACGCCACUGCAGCCAAGCUCCCAGUCUACCAGGACAAGGUCGCCAUUCAGAAAUAUCUCCGGGAAAAAGCAGCAGAAUCUGACGGGGAGUUCUCCUACACCAUCCUCAUCAAUGGCCCCUUCCUCGACUGGGGUCUGACGGUCGAGUUCUUGCUUAACUGGCGGGGCCCAGAAGCAGAGCUAUACGAUGAAGGGGAACGAAAGUUCAGCGCGACGACGCUCGCGGGAGUAGCCAAGGGCGUUAACGAGCUGCUGGAGCUCUCGGGCAAGCAAGUGCCCACGAAGUCCAUCGACACGGCUGAGCUGGAGAAAGAUGGUUAUGCCGAGCUCGCCAAGCCGAGCCCGAACCCAGGGGUAUUUGUGCUCAGUUUUUUCAGGCGAGCUAUUUUCGGUGAAGGGUGCGGCAGUCUUUUCCCUGCUGAGCGUCUCAGCAAUGAUUUGCUGGGUGUGGGAACGCUUAGCAAGGAGGAACUGCAGGAGAUUGUGUCUAGGUCUACAGAGUAG